UGUAUAUGUAUCGAAUUUACCCUCUUCACGAAGUGAAUCAUCGCUACGAGAGUUUUUAACGAAUUCAUUCAAAAAAUUUGGUAAACUAGUUCAUAUUGGCUUUGAGACAGAAUUAGCACCGAAUUUUGUGGAACAACGUAAAGCGUUGAUCAUUUUUCAACGGUUCGUCAAUUUGUUGUUCAUUUCAUCGUUAUGAACGCUGUAUGUUGGAGGUUUAGAAAGGCGUGUUAGUGACGAUUCACUGCGAGUACGUUUCGGUCACUUUGGACAUAUUCUCGAUAUUGAUGUGAAAAAUUGGGAAAGUCCAUCACCAUUUGCGUUCAUUCAGUUCGCUGACAUCCAGUCAGUUGUACGCGCAAUAAACGCUUAUAAUGGUGGAGCAGCAUCUAGUGGUGUUGCUAAUUCAGGAUCUCAUGCGGGAAUUACGAGUAAAAACAAAUUUAAGACGAAUUGGGGUCGGACGAUUGUGACGAAUAAGAUCUGGAUUGGUGGAUUGCCGGCGAGUUGUUCGCAGGAUUACAUUCGCGAGAAGAUACGGGUCUCGUUCACUGACACGUUCAAUGAGCUGAUUUAUGACCGACGAUGGAAUGAGGCGUUGUUGUUGUUCGUCAGUAAUGACAGUGCUCAGCGAGCGUUGACCAUGAUCAAAACGAAGCAGAUUACUUUCUGGAAUGACGACGAGAAGCGAGACGUGCAUGUUCCGGUGGAUUAUUGCUCAGAGAAAUUGCACGAUUAUUUCGUCGAUCGCAAAUUUCGUGCUGAUAAAGAAUCUGCAACAACAACGGUCGCUACUGCUGCUGCAUCGUCUGCGCUAUGUACGAAUGCGGCAACAUCUGAGCUGAAUUUAAGUUCCAGUGGAACAACAGUAGUUGCUUCUUCAUUCGGCGCUGGAUCUUCAUCUUCAGCCGGGGCAGCAUCUUCUGCAGCAGUUGUUCCGUCAACAUCAUCACUAUUAGCUCCUCCACCCGACCCACCUUCUCAUUUGAGAGACACAUCAAGGUGA